UUUUGUAGGGAAUUGAGAAGGUUUUUUGACCGUGUAAUACCAAAAGCCUUUAAAAUACCAAAGGCCUCCAAAAAUCUUUGAAUUUUAUUGUUAAUUUUUAAAUAUUUUUGGGGGCACGCGAACAUAUCCGGACGGACUUAUCGAGAUAUUUCAAUGUACGAACAGUUACCCUACUGAUUUUGGAACCUACGGCCACUGGGUCUUUGAUAGUAUAUUGUCCUAGAAUAAAGUUUUUAUAUUUUAGAACAAACAUGCAAGAAAUUAUUUUUGUUAUUCCAAUCCCGAUAUGUCCCCAUACCUUUUUGGGCACAUUAACUAAUUUAAUUUCUUUUAGCAUUUUUUUUUCAGUUAAUUUUUUUGUGCUACAAUUAUUAUUAAAUUUUCAAAAAAUGCUUUUUUCUCUACCAACAGAGGUUCAACUUGAUAUUUUUAAAUUAUUCAAUUAUGAAGAAUUAUGCUCAAUCAGACAAACAAAUUUAUAUUUUCGAGACUUUAUUAAUAAAUUUGAAGGAGAACUUGCUCGAGAAAAACUGCAUAGCGUUUCAAUUGACCAUUUCAGUAAUACGUUAAGCAAACAAAUUGAUUAUAAAUUAAUUAAAUCUAAAAAUUUUGACUUUGCCUUUUUUGCUGAGCGACAUAAAGAAGUAAAUGAACAAAUUGAACAAAAGUGGAGCGAUGGACUACAAAAUCCGAUUCCCUUAUAUUUGUCUGCUGAAGGAUUAAAAAGUUUCAAUGUUUUUAUUUUCAUAGAUGAAGGUAAUCUAUUUUUUCGAUAAGAAAUUCGGAUGGCGUUCAAAGCUAACAUAAGUGAUACUUUUCCCUUUAUUGCACCGGACAGACCCCCUUUUUUCCUCUCUUCCAUUCAAAAAUUAGGGAGGAAAAAUGGGAAAUAAAUAUCAAAAAUAAUCCGUUUUUUUGAUUGUACUCAAAAUUUAGAAAGGCAAUUUGGAUGGA